AUGCCGUCUCCGUUCAAGUUUUCGGGCGUUGAUGCGAUUCUCUCUACCCAGGAGAUGGUAUUCGCGAACCCUUUGAACGUCGAGCUUUACCCAUUUCCUCGAUACAACCGAGACGGCUUCGACUCCAAGGUGAUGCCAAAAUACCACGACAUUCUACGUACCGAAAUGAGAGAGUGCUUGGACAAGAUACACAUGUUUGAGAGCGUGACCCUCGGAAACACCGAGGCGGCGACUGUCUUGAUUGACAGGUUGGCGGUGGCGUAUUUUGGUCUUGGGCACUACGACCAAGCCGAGCGGCAGUUCAAGAGAAUUCUUCCGACUCUGCUGCUGCGUCACGGUCCAAAUUCUCGCUACGUCGUUUCUGUCAAGAGAGACCUGGCCGAAGUGAUUUUGCACCUCGGAAGAUUCAACGAGGCAAACCAGAUGGCCCACGAGGUCCAUGCCGCGGCCCUUAACAUCGACAUUCCCGGCGGCUCUUUGGUUCAGAAAUCUCUCCAUGUUCUAGCCCAGUCGUUCGGAAACCUCCGCAACCUCGAGAAGGAAGAAGAGCUCCUGCGACAGCUAGUUCAGAUAAGACUGGUGGCUUUCAGCCCCAGGCACGGUGAAACCCUGGCAGCUAUACGGAGUCUUUGCGAUUCUCUCACCGAUGCGCAUAGGCAUUCCGAGAGCGAAGAAUUGCUGCGAGUGGCACUGGAGCUCAGUCAAAGUGCCGACGUUUCUGACCGAAGGAAAUGCCUCAUCUGUCGCAAACUCGCUACGGUGUUGUAUAAACUAGGCAGCUACCGUGAGAGCGAGGCGUUGUACCGCAAAUCGGUCGACAUGUCGGUGCGACUUCUUGGCAACGAACAUCCGGACACCCUACGAUGUAGAUUUUGGAUGUGCAAGGCCCUGAGAGCACGGGGAUUCCUCGACGAAAGUCUGGAGCUUCUCUUACAGACGGUUGAACAGCAGAUUAGAACGCGGGGAGAACUUAGAGGCAGCACCAUCGAGUCUAUGGCCGGCUUGAGCAAUCUCCUGGUGCAGAUCGCCUAUCGCAAGAGGAAACAGGAUGAAUUGGAAGCCGUUGAACUUCCCGUAAUACAGGAAAAGUAG